AUGAGCAUGCAACCCACAUUCAAACCCCAAACCAGUUCCACUAGCGCACACACUGCAUACCGGUAUACAAACCUCGCAUGCACACUUUACAACGGCUCACCCACACAUCCCCCACAUCUCAUCUUCAGCGCUAGGUCGGUGCGGCAUUUCAGUGUCUAUUGGAUUCGGUGCAGGUGCGACAGUAAGCCCCAGAGCGAGCAAUGGAAGGACGCGUGUGCGGAGGACCGUGGUUUGCAACGCCGUUUGGGUGCGAGGCGCAGCGAUGAAAAAGAGGAUCCACGAUAUGCAGCACGGCUGCGGCUGAGUUGGCAACCUGAAAUUCUGUGUGCUUUGUUCGCAGCAGCUGCAGGAUGGCUUAUUUUAAGAAACUUGCCCCCCGGAGUGGUUUUCUUUUGGGGGGCAUUUUUCUUGGUCUUUGCUGUUUGCUCUUUUUAUUUUCGACCGGCGUUCUGGUCGAUACUGAUGACGACGCUGGAUUCUCUCGGGCUGCUGCUUGCCAGCGGUGCAUUGAGUUUACAACCCACCACUGUUGGAGUAUCAUCUUCGAUAUGUGUAGAGGGGAGCUGUAUUCCGGGUGCGGUGGAACAGUCAGCCACGGAAAGCCAACAUCCUAAUAGCGACAAUGUGCAGAUGACUGGUUCAAAUGGCUUGAGUAUCUCUCUAUCAUCGUACCCGACAUUGUCUCAGUCUGCCACUUUCGUGGUCACUGUCGAGCCAUCGCCAACUGCCGCCGCUUCUCUCCAAACUGAGGGAGCAGGACCGAAGGAUGGGAACAGUGGACUAAGUUCGGGUGCGGUGGCUGGUAUUGCCAUUGCAACGCUGAUAGCUGGGGCUAUGGUUGCCUUUGUCGUCACCUUCUUCCUGUUCAAAAGACGAAAUAGGGCAAGGGAAAGCAACGUCGCCAACAAAGACUACAACGGUUACGCCGACUCUACACCCGAGUUUGUCAUUCUACCACAACGGAAUAACGCCAGACCAGGAGGCAGAAAUAGUCCAUAUGUUCAGGUCUCACAGACACCCACACCCACACCCACACCCAGACCAGCCGUGGUUGCGUCGUCUUUUCCGCCAUCUACACAGCACCCUGAUGACACGGGUGUGGCCGCCUUCUUGCCUGAUAUCGCCCCGGAAACCAAAGUGUUUAACAAGGCAAUGGCGCUCUUCAGUGAGUGCCACAGUCACACCGAGACCUACUACCGCGAUGUACACGCCAUCAUCACACCGAGCAUGGAAGCCGAUCUCGCGCAAUUUGGAGCCAAAGGCGUCAACAUGGCAGAACUAUUGCAAGAGUGUUCCAGCCCGAUAACAGUAUUGAAACAUGCGAUUGUGGCCUACGUGCUCCAGAGUACAGCACCGCCAAGUCAGGAUAAUGACGAGACGAUAUUCCCAGACGAGCUGAGUGGAAUAUAUGCUCAAGAGGAUGACGGUGACAGUGUGGAUCCAAAUGUCUCAGCAGCAAGGACCCUCCACCGCCGUCUCCUGGUCUACCUCUUCAACGCCGCCCCGCCUACCACACUAUCUCAUCGAGGUCCACUGAUAGAUGCCAACGUACAUGCAGCAGCUCAACGCUUCUCACUAACCUUCUUCCCCUGGGCCAACCCGUCCGCCAGCAAUCACGACAGAGACGAAGCUCUCGCAGGGCUACUCCACAUGGCACUGCGACUCAACAUCUGGCUGUAUGGCGAGCCCUUCCUAUACGAGUUUGCAUGGGAGGAAACGGGUAGGAGGGGCAUUAUGGUCAGCCCGAAUCUAGUGAGACGAACGGAGGGGCCGGGGUCGCAGGAUGGAAAGGCUGUUGUUGUGGAAGGGGUGGUGAUGACUGCAUAA